AAGAAGCAGAAUGAGCUAAGUGUGGAAGGUCUUGUAAUUUUGUGGUAUUAUUGUGAAAUUUGUUAGAAUUGUUUCACGAUGAAUUUCAUUCCAAGUCUUUGCUGGGUGAAACAGGGUGCAGCGAUGAACCUGCCUCACAAGGUACAAAUACGCAAAGACGAUUUGAAAAAUCUUCUUGGAGAAUUUAAAGAGGAAGAUGAAGAGGCGAGCGGCGAUGAGGCGACAACUGAAGCAGCUGGAUGUGAAGGUGACGCUGCACAGCUUGAGAAUAUCGAAACAAAAUAUCACAUGGAUGACUUCGAUGACGAAGAUGGUGGUGAUUUAUGUGUUAGCCUUGCUGGCCUGACUUGUUACGCCUCUUCAAAGGACGACCCCCAUCUCCGCAAUGAUGUCGAUUCAUCAGAUUCAGAGGACGAAAAAGACGCUUUUCAAAUUCAGGACACCGACAAUUUGCUCAUUGUUGGUCGAGUUGAUGAUCAAAGUGCAACAAUGGAAGUUUACGUGUACAAUGAAGACGAGGGCGAUCUUUACGUUCACCACGAAGUCAUCUUGCCCGCCUAUCCGAUUACGAUGGAAUGGCUGAACUUCGAUCCAUGGGCUGAGAAUUGUACCACAGGCAAUUACUUGGCUGUAGGUGAUAUGACACCCGUUAUUCGGAUUUGGAACCUAGACGUUGUGGACAGUCUAGAUCCCAUCAUGAAACUCGGGAAAAAGGAACAGAAGAAAAAAAAGAACAAACCUAAAGUAAAAGGAUAUGGCCACAAGGACGCUGUAAUUAGUCUUCACUGGAACAGGCUAGAACGUCAUAUACUUGCGUCUGCCUCAGCAGAUAGUACCGUGAUGCUGUGGGACCUGAACACAGCGCUUCCAACUGUAACGAUGUCCGAACAUAAAGAUCGUGUACAGACUGUGCGGUUUCAUCCAUUCGAGGCUCCAUCUCUGCUUUCCGGCGGCUCAGAUUCGAUCAUUCGAUUGUGGGAUGUGCGAGACCCUAACAGGUCAUGUCGAACGUGGAAAACUGAAGGCGAAGUGGAGAAAGUUCUUUGGGACCAUUUUGCGCCGUUCUACUUCUUUGCAGCCGCCGAACCCGGCCACCUUUUCGGCUUUGACGUGAGAAAUGAUCGAAAACCAGUUUUUACUGUAGCCGCCCAUGAGAAAUCUGUCACAUGUAUGACGCUCUCGAACUUCUGUCCAGGUUUGAUGAUAACCGGCGGCCAAGAUCAGAAAGUGAAGGUCUGGGACGUCGAAAACAAAGCUAGCCCACGUUUUGUGUUAGAAGCCUCGUUAGAAAUUGGCGAGCUACUAUCGAUGGAAGCAAGCGUUGACCAGCCAUUUAUUGUGGCUAUUGGUGGUGAUGAAGGCGAUGGCGAACAGAACCUGCGAGUUCUAAACCUUCUUAAAAAGUUCCCUGCACAAAUGGAGCCAUUUAAGGCUAAGAAACUUAUGAAGGUUGUUGACACCGUUGAAAAUAAGAAGACCAAUAUUCAAGUAGAUGUCGAGGAUGAACCGGAUGGGAAUGCUAAUGGUGAUAGCCCCGAAGAAAUGGACAACGACUAUAUGGAAUCGUAACUCAAGUUAUUUGUCUUUAA